AUAACACUUUCUUUAUGUAAAAAAACCGUUAUUCUUCGAUAGUCUCGGUGAUGUGAAAGGCUUUCGAGCUUCUUCCACUAGUCUUCCACACCCUACACUCCAGUUAUCAUCACAUAAAUACACAUGACAUUUAUGUUAAGUUAAUAUUUGUCAUUUUUUAUUUUACAAAAAGUCAAAUGCUAGAUCUAAAUUGGGUCGCUUUUAAAUGAAUGCAGUUUUUUUUUAAGAAAAUAUUUACAAGAAUAGAAAAUUUGAUGGGCAGAUGUUAAAAGAAAUGUUUUUCGUCACAAGACAUUUAUACAUGUGCUGUCGUUCGUGCAUGGAAAUAAAGUACAUGUAUAUGUUCGCUCUAUCACUUUCGUCGAGAUAAAAACCUUUGUGUUAUUUAUUUAAUCUUUGGGUUUAAUUAUCCUUGUUAUGAUACUCUUCAGUUUCACCAAAACGCAGAAAUGUCAAAAUGAGUAAAACAUCACUUGAUGAGCUUGCAGAAAAUUUAAAGGGAAAGAUUAGCGAUAUUGAAGAAGAAAUAAAGCGACAAGUUGCAGAGAGACUUUCAAAAUAUGAUCUGACUUUAAGUAUUGUGGUAGCAGUUUCUGUGGCUAUUAUCACCACCCUAGUCAUUGUUGUCUUUGGACUAUGGAAGCUAAAGAAAAGAGCGGCUCAGCAGAGCCAAAGUGGUACACACAAGAAGUACCGGUUCAGGAAGAGGGACAAAGUCCUCUUCUAUGGACGCAAGAUGCUCAGGAAGGUAAGCAGUUUUUCUCGGAAUACAAUCAAUGCUGCAGGAUUGGGACAGGGGAAAGGCAGAGCUGAACUGAAUAAAAAAGAAAUCAUGAUGCUUGCUAGAAAGUUUUCAAAGAUACUGCGCUUAAAGAAAGAUCCAUCCCAGCCAACUCUGCAGGUGAAAGGACCACCAAAAUCUUUCUUUGAAGCGGAUGGAGCAGAUAUGGAGGAAGAUCACAGGAUUCCAUCAGAGGUGCUCUACAUGCUCAGAAGUGUCCGGGUAUUUGGUCACUUUGAGAAACCAUUGUUUUUAGAGCUUUGUAAACAUAUGGAGUCAAAGUUUGUGCCAGCAGGGAGUUACCUGUUCCGGGUUGGAGAUGAAGACAACUGUAUAUAUGUAGUUCAAAGUGGCAAAAUAAAUGUUUACAUCACUGAAGGGGGAUCUGAGUAUCUGGUGAAAGAGGUUGACACUGGGGACAGUAUACACAGUCUACUCAGUAUUCUAGACUUUAUUACUGGUAAACCUCAGCCUUACAAGACAGUGUCAGCUAGAGCUGUUGUUGAUACAACCAUUCUAAAAUUACCAGCUACAGCUUUCCAAUCAUUGUUUGAAAGGUUCCCAGAGUCUCUUGUCAGAGUUGUUCAGGUGAUCAUGGUAAGACUACAGAGGGUAACCUUCACAGCUUUACACAACUAUCUUGGUCUUAGUAGUGAACUUAUCAACAGGCGUAAUUCAGUGGAUCUCAAGACUCUGUCUAUACAUGCUAUAGCUUCACAAACACCACUGUACAAGAGGCACAGUAGUCAAGCUGGUAUAUCUGAGUCAGAGAAUGAAAAACAUGAAGCUACAGGUAAAGUACAGGCACCAAGUGUCAGUAGUGUAGCUGAUGAGUCAGACAAUGAUACCAGGAUAACAGAUUUUGAUGCUGCUUGUUUGAGGGCUCGAGUCACUGAUGCCAGCAAAACUGUGUUAAGACAGGUAUCAGAUGAUGGUAUGUCAGGGUCACCACAGGGUCCGAGAAUGAAGAUAAAACGUCCCUCAGAGCCAUUUAUCUCUGAAAGUGGCGAGACAUUUAAAGAUGAGGAUAUUCUGGACAUGGCAAAAGCAGAUCUUGUCAAGAUUCUUAAACUGAAGGAUGAGUCACUAUUAGAGGACAGGGUACACUUACAUACAUACAGAGGUGGAGUCAAUCUGAUGAAACAAGGGGAUCAGGAAGCAUCAAUAUUAUUUGUGGUCAGUGGUCAGCUGAAUGUAUUACAGCAUUAUGUUGGAGAAGUAUCAAAAGAGGUGAAAUUAUUUUCUGCCCAGCCAGGUGAGAUUGUAGGAGCUCUAGCUGUGUUGACGGGAGAACCUUCUUUCUUUACUAUAAGAUCAAAAUAUGAGACCAGAGUUGUUGUUAUCUCAAAGAAGGAUUUCUACCUGAUAAUGAGAGAGCAGCCAUCUGUUGUGUUAAAUGUAGCUUCAACAACACUGAUACGACUAACACCAUUUGUACGUCAGAUAGACUUUGCUCUAGAUUGGAUGAUGAUAGAAGCUGGUAGAGCUCUCUUCAGACAAGGUGACCAUUCUGAUUCUAUCUAUAUUGUAUUAACUGGUCGUCUGAGAACUGUGAUAACCAAUGCAGGUAAUAAGAAGGAAAUGGUGGGAGAAUAUGGUAGAGGAGAACUGGUUGGUAUUGUCGAAGUCCUUACACAGCAGGAGAGGGUAACAACUGGAAUAGCUGUAAGAGACACAGAAUUAGCCAAGCUUCCUUCUGAACUAUUAAAUGUGAUAAAGAGAAAGUUUCCACAGGUUGUAACCAGGUUGAUUCAUUUACUGGGUCAACGUAUUAUAGGUUCUAUGAGAAGUAAAGAUUCAUUACAAAUAUCUGAGACAAUGCAAGGUGUAGAUGCAAGAGGGUCAGUGAAUAAUCUGGCAACUGUUGCCAUCUUACCAGCUUCUAGUGAUGUUCCUCUUACCAACUUUACACUAGAAUUACAACAUGCAGUAAAAGCUAUUGGUCCAGUGACUAGAUUUACCAGUGACAUUGUUAAGAGAUGGCUUGGUGCUGGAGCAUUUGACAGAGCUUACGAUGAUGUGCAAUCAAAUGUAAAUGAGUUCCGGUUGUUUAGUUGGUUGGGUCAGCAGGAGGAUUUACACAGGGUUAUACUGUAUCAGUGUGAUUAUACAAUGACAAAGUGGACUAAGAUGUGUAUUAGACAGUCUGACUGUAUCCUCAUUGUUGGCAUCGCUGGAACCGAUCCUAAAGUUGGAGAGUUGGAGCAACAGAUGGAGACGAUAGAUGUUCGAGCCCAGAAAGAGCUUGUAUUACUUCACCAAGAAGAUGCCGAUUAUCCUCAAGGUACCGUAGAGUGGCUGAACGCUCGUGGUUGGUGCUCAUCUCAUCAUCAUAUACGCUGUCCUAAACGUGUCUUCAGUAAACGAUCUAUAGCUAAAAUGACACAAGUAUAUGAGGAGUUAAGUAAGACGAAAGCAGAUCGUAUGUCAGAUAUGAGCAGGCUAGCUAGGUUUCUAACUGGAACAUCUGUAGGUCUUGUGCUGGGUGGAGGAGGGGCCAGAGGACUAUCUCAUAUUGGUAUUAUACGAGCUAUGAUUGAGGCAAAGAUACCUAUAGAUAUUGUUGGUGGGACCAGUAUAGGAUCAUUUAUGGGAGCACUGUGGUGUGAGGAGGUGAAUCAUACCAGGUUUAUACAGCGGGCCAGAGAAUGGUCAAUGAAAAUGACAUCAAUAGCAAGUAAGAUAUUUGAUCUGACAUAUCCAGUAGCAUCAAUGUUCACAGGAAGUUCAUUUAAUGAGGGUAUAGAGAGUACAUUUAAGGAUCGUCAGAUUGAAGAUCUAUGGAUACCAUAUUUCUGUAUUAGUACCGAUCUAAAUAUGUCACAGAUGAGGGUACAUACACAUGGAAGUCUGUGGCGUUAUGUACGAGCCAGUAUGACACUAGCAGGUUAUCUACCACCAUUAUGUGAUCCUAUAGAUGGUCAUCUACUGCUAGAUGGAGGUUAUGUUAACAAUUUACCAGCUGAUGUGAUGAGAAGUUUUGGAGCCCAGUCUAUAUUUGCUGUAGAUGUAGGUAGUAUAGACAGUACUGAACUAACAAACUAUGGUGAUAAAUUGUCAGGCUGGUGGUUACUAUGGAAACGAUGGAAUCCAUGGGCAGCACCUGUCAGGGUACCAGAUAUGCAGGAAAUCCAGUCCCGCCUUGCCUAUGUUAGUUGUAUAAGACAGUUAGAACUGGUGAAGAAUAGCGACUAUUGUGAAUAUAUUAGACCACCUAUAGAUAAAUAUGGUACACUCCAGUUUGGAAGCUUUGAUGAAAUUAUGGAUGUUGGAUAUAAUCAUGGUAAGACAAUGUUGACAGGCUGGGAGAAAGGUGGGCUUAUCAGUAAACUAUUCCAGGACAAGAAAUGUUUAGAAAGGAAACAUCUACCAUCAAGAUCUUCUGACCCUGAUGUGGGUCAUGCUCCACGGUUGACCUACUUUACAGACUUGGCAGAGCUUGUUUCCAAGAUUGAUGAACCUACCAGCUCUGUAUCAAUUUAUGAUAAUGAUGAUGAUGAUGAAGUUUCAGAUUCAUAUGACGAAGAAGAGGUUCUAGUGUCAGACAUCAAUCAACAUGCGUCUGGCCCUCCAGACAAAAGUAUCGCUGGUAUACAAAGUGUGCAGUUUCAUCUUCCCGAAGAGGAUUACCAUGAUGAUGAAGCUGAAGAUCAAGGUGAUGAUGGUGAUGAUGAAGGUGAUGAUGAUGAUGAUGAUGACCAGUAUGUGACAGAGAGUGACGGUGAGGAGGAGGAUAAUCUCACGUCACUGGCCACAAAGUUCAAGAUGUCUCCUUCAACUGAGCUGCACAAGUAAUAAAAAUUUGGAUUGCCUAGAAGACUGUCCGGAUAUUUAAAGAAAUGAAAACUUGAACAGUUUAUAGAAGAACUUUUCAAAAUAAUUCUGUGAUGCUUCCUAGCAGUAUUAGUAUAGAAAAUAAUUUAUAGCUCACAUUAACAUGUAAAUCCAUUAUGAUAUGCAAGGCAAGGGACAUAACUCUGUGGUAUAAGAAAGGAACAAACUCUUACAGGAUGGAGUUGCAGAACUUGUUUUUCAAAAAAACUUUUAGCCAAACAUUGUAUGUGAUUGUUGAUUUUUUUGUGUGCUUGAUUUGUUUUUAUGUUUCUUUCCUUGUUUCUUUUUUAUUCUUUUUUUUUUGUGCACAUUUUUUAUCGAAAAAUUCACAAGUUUUUGGUGUGUAUAUUAUUAUGCUUUAUUUGAUACAUUUUAUGUGAUUGUUGAUUUUUUUG